CCUCCGCACCCCUGUCAGUCGACCCUCGAGCGUGAUCGCAGCCACUCCACCCUCUCUCACGGACGAGGAUAAUCACAGAGACAAGCCUUCCUUUGCCCGCCCAGGCCUUCAGGAGGAUGCACACCAAGUUCUGACUCGCAGCGGACAUGGCCGUGCCCUGCUUCCCGCCGCUUUUCCUCCUUCUGCUUCUUCACUCAGGCGUGGGACCGUUGGCCGCGUCGAGGCGCUUCCGGACAGAGUUCCUGCAGGAUCUACCGACGCCAGGCACCGGCCCCUACUUCGACACCACGGUCAACAACAACAUCACAGCACUCGUCGGCAAAGUUGCCUACUUGAAUUGCCGAGUCAAAAAUUUGGGCAACAGGACGGUUUCGUGGGUCCGGCACCGGGACAUCCACCUGCUCACCGUGGGCCGCUACACGUACACGAGCGAUCAACGCUUCGAGGCGGUGCACUCGCCGCACACGGAGGAUUGGGCGCUGCGAAUAAAGUACCCGCAACGCAAGGACUCGGGCAUCUACGAGUGCCAGAUCAGCACCACGCCCCCGGUGGGCCACUUUGUGCACCUCUACGUCGUAGAACCGGAAACGGAGGUCCUAGGCGGUGCCGACCUGUUCAUCAACAUCGGCAGCACCAUUAACCUGACAUGCAUCGUGCGCUACUCCCCAGAACCGCCACCCACCAUGGGCUGGCGGCACAACAGCGUUGAUAUUAACUUCGACUCUCCGCGAGGUGGAAUUUCGCUUGUGACGGAAAAAGGCCCCACCACCUCCAGCAGACUGCUCAUUCAGAAGGCCAUCAAGGCCGACUCGGGGCUGUACACGUGCAGGCCGUCGAACGCCACACCGGCCACCGUCCGCGUCCACAUUUUAGAUGGGGAGCACCAGGCGGCCAUGCAUCACGGCGCUGGCUGGCGGACGAGCGGCCCGCUGAGUGCCUUGCUACUGGUUUGCGGCCUGUGGACCACGCUGGUCGUGAUGUAGCCCUGCUGAACACAUAUCUGCAGUACAAACUACUAAACAAACUGACACGCGGUUCGCAUGUGCAGCAAUAAGCAGGACCCCGCGGCGAGUGUGUGAUGACUCUGUUUAUGAAUGCUCACCCCUUCGUGUAACAUAAAUACAUUUAAAAAUUACGUGCUCUACGAAUGAGCCGGUUCUAUACUCUAAUUAUCGGUGUUGUUACUCCCCUUGGCUAAUUGAUGAAAUUUAAAAAAAAAUACAUCUUUCCCCCUCAACCACACGUCUUUUUCUGUGAAACAUCGCGCAAAUGUGCUGCUACUCCUGGUGUCGGUUCAAAAGCUCCUUUUGGCGCGCAUGAGAGUAAUUGGCAAGUUAAUUCCGCUCUCCCCGCAUUUCUCUGAAUGAACACGUCAGCAUAAAAUUUAUUAUUCCUCUUUGUGAGUCCCGAGUACAAACGCCUCCCCAAUUAGUGCUUUUAAAACAAAAUUUCAGCACGCGCGACUGUGAGUAUGAGCGUGUACCUCAUGUGUAAGUUGUGUGUAUAUAUUAUACCAGAAGCACUUUUAAACGGAGGAAAUCCAGCGUCACGAAAAACAUAUUGUGAAAUAUUUGUGACGUUCGAGGAGAAAUGUAAUGUUGCCGUAGGAAUUUUUGUAAAAAGCAUACGCGGCACCCCUUUUGUCUCGUCGUGCAGCGGGAAAUUGUGAACAGUGGAAAAAGCUUGUGUGCGCCAUCAAGGCUGCUCUGGUCGCCUGCCAUCAAGAAUGCAGCACAAUCGGAGAAAGAGGAUUUUAGAAGAAUAAGAAAAAAGGAGACUUUUGAAAAGCUACGACGUUUAUUAUCAUGUGAUGUUGUAACGAGUAUUUUCAAUAAAAUCAAUAAAAAUCAAGGUGA